AUGGCGAACAGUGCGCCGGUCCCCGUGGUGACCAGGCCCCCUAAUCCUGUCGCUGACACCUACGCCUACGAUCACGUUAAUCCUGAGACCCAAACGGAGGUUUUCAAGGGCUUCGGCAUUGCCAACAACGACACCUUGCAGACUGAAUUCAUGAACAAGUUUGAUAGUCUUCUCCCGACCCUCCACGCUGAUUUCGGUAAACCGAACCCUCAAUUGGGGAUGAGCAGGAUGAGCAGGAUGAGCAGGAUGAGCAAAGCCGAAAGAGCUGGUUACGGACAGCAAGUCUUCGACGCGCUGCCUCUAGUUCCUGACGCACCCGAACCAUGGAAGACAAAAGCCAUUUCUAAACUAAUAACCGAUUCCAACUUGCGCCUAGUGCGUGCAGCCCAGCGCAAGGCCGAAAGAGAUGCGAAGACUGCAGUCAAGCGCCAGACCUUGCCCUCCCGCAAACCUAGUCAACACAAGCGGAAGAAGCCCUCAGGUCGAACAGAUCAGGACUCCAGCGAUGACAAUAGCUUUACACUGCGGAUAGCCAAGCGCUCGAUGUCACGCACUCCAACGUUGGGGCUCAGCUCACAGCCUAUGACCAUUUUCCCUGGUAACAACGACGCCAUGUCCAACGGCAAUUAUAGCGGCAUGCCCCAUGGCUUCGGCGGACAUGGCUCUCUCGGCAACUUCUCUGGCAGCCUUCCUGGUAUCCUUGCGCCUGACCCUUUCAUUAAACCAGAUGACCUUACGCUGAGAAUUGCACUGUGCGCAGUUCAAAACGGCGGAAUUGUGAAGACCUUGGCUGAAGUCACUGGCGAUGCUCUAACCGGUUCCAGUACGAGCGGGCGUAUCCAGUGGUCAGCACUCCUAGAAGAGGCUGACUCGGUGAGCGAUGUCGACCGCAAAACUUUCCUUUACGACAGCAGCGCCCGUUAUCCAGAGCUGUUCUUCUCGCCUCGACCUAGACAGGAAGUUGCUGUUAGAACUUCAGGACAAAUGAAAACGGCCCUCGCAGACUUUAGGAGAGGAUCCACAGUGUACCUAACCACAUUCGUUGUCACCAAACCAAUCACGCUACACGAAAGUGACACAAGCGCCAUAGCUAGCAUCGAGCAAGACACUCGACACAACGAAGAUGCAUCGCAACGCUCGAACUAUAAUUCACCAAAGCUCGAAGACAUCAAGGGCGACAAGAUUCAGGCGAACCAGUCCCAGCCAGUUGCCGGUAACGAGAGGCAGGUUGCGCAUCGAGACGAUCUAGCUUCCGAGCGCAGUAUCUCAGAGCGAGAAGAUAGAGACUCUUAUGAUACCCGCCAUGGCUCCAAAGCUCCCAGUCCAGAAGCCAACAACGCAGCGGCAGAGCUACCCCAAUAUAAGGCUACGGCUAAUAGAGAUGCGCCACCUCCCACCCACGAUGACGACGCCCAGUUAGAUGCACAAGAGCUCGCCACGUUGCCACCCCAAGUCUCGCAAGUUGCAGCCAGUGACGACACUCGCACGCAAGUUACACAGGAAGAGCAAACGUUAGGUUUGCCAGCUCCCCAGUCCUCGCAGUGGACGGCUAUCAACGAUCCGACUUGGCUCGACCAACUGGGAGACGACUACGACGACGAUAUCAUUCCUGGAUUCGAUGAAGAUGACGAAUACGAUGAAGAUGACACCGGAGACGCAGACCAAGAGCAACAUGAUAAUACUGCGGCCAGGGACGCGGCGGCGGCAUUCGCACGAGAAAGGCUCUCUGCUGCUGGCACUGCACAUGAAAAGGCCCAGAAGAUGGGUAUAGAAGAAUGGCAACGAGCUGCCGAUACAUUCCUAACCCCACUCCAAAAGCUCCAGCUCAAAGGUGGCGAAUGUCGCGUUCAUCUUUCUCCAAAAGUGGGAUUGAACCCCGACUUUGAACCAAUGCCGCUUCAGAUGGUGGGCAGCGUUGAGCUCAUCCGCACCGCUCAAGGGCCUCGGGGAGGUGCCCUACUCAUAGACAAGAUGGGCCUGGGCAAGUCCAUUGCAUGCGUCAUGGCAUACUACAUUAAUCUUGCAGCGGUGGCGAAGAUCCACGGAACGACAAAAGCAAACGAGUUCCCUCCUCUCCACGACGACCGCUUCUUCGACAUCAAACCCCAGAUUGGCGCCACUUUUCUCCAAGCUAGCGCGCAGGGUAUCGCCGCUAUUCCAGAGGCGUUUGCCAAGAUAUUUGCCGACAGCAAAUUUCUUCGCGAGAACAAAGUAUUCAGACCUAAAUUGGUCAUUCUCCACCCUGAGGGAAAGAAGAUUGCAGAGAGCUUAGGCGGAGAGAAAAAUGGCAUCUUUUACAAAAUGGCUCAGGCGGAUUGGAACGAGGUGAAUCCCCGGCCCGAUUGGGAUAGCCCCAGAGUUCGCCGUGCCUACCACUGCCCUGGUUAUGAGAGUAAUGAGGAACAGUGGGAGGAGGAGUGGGAAACAGAGGAGGUCCCCUGCUACGAAGGCGCAACUGUAGAAGCCCCUGCCCCGAGUAGCACCAGAUAUCUGAUUGUCUCUACGAGCGGAUGCUGGACCAAAAAUAUAUCUAAAAACUUUUCACGAGUUGAAGAAAACAAGGCCGAGUUCAAAGCGCUACAGAAGACACUCGACGACUUGGAGAUGAAGUCCCCCCAUGCGACGAAGAAGAUUGCAAACGCCAAGACUGCGAUACAAAGGCACAAGAACAAUUGGAUGCGCGCUUUAAACGGAUUUCCGGACGGUAGUGGGCCUCUGCAAGCGCUCCGAAGAUGUAUAUCCAAGGGCCCUGGGGGGAAAAUGAGGACUAUGAUCUACGUUAUCGACAUUGGCUUCGCCGGCUGGAUCUGGAUCGACGAGCUUCAUGCCGCUGGCUCUGCAAACACCAUCAUCUAUACACAGAUUGUGGACUACUUCCUCGAGACACGCCCCAAGUCGCAUCGGCCAGGCAUCGUAGGCAUCAGCGGUACGGCUCUAGCCAACGGCAUUGACUUGGUCCUCACUUUCGCGGACAAGGUCAUCGCUAGACUUGUCGACCGGAAGUCUAAAGAUGAGGGCGCUCGCUUGAUGGCUAGUCUCUGUUCCCAGCAUUCCAGAGAAUACCAAAUUGCAUGGCAAACGGUGCUCAAGAUCUUCACAUCACAGGUCAACCACAAGGACGCCGACGAGAUCAGUCCAAUUGCAAAGAUGAACGGCGCGCUAGAAGACCCCAAGGUAGACAAGAUGUUCUCCGGCUUUGCCGCCUUGCUUGAAUGGUUUUGUAUUGGCCGUGACUACGCGAGCAAGGACCCCUGGGGCAAUCAGCUGAACAUCGUUGACGCGAAGCACACCAUCCAAUAUCUCAACAUAACACACGAACCCCGCUGGUUUAAUGAGGUAAAGAAGGCCGAGAACGCCGUGCAGGCUGCCGUCAAGCAAAAGUACAAGGACGAUCUGGACGCAUGGGAGCAACUAGACGACCCCACCAUCCCUAAGCCUAGCAAGGUGAACAUGCAACGAGCGAAUCCUGCCGCCUACACGAUUGCACGUCUUGUAAGCUGUUUCCCCAAUUUACUCAAUGCCAUCGAUGCUUGGGACAAAGCCAACCCCGAAGCCGCCGUCUUCGCCAAAGGCCGCACGCUCGGAAAGGACAACAAGGCCCUGCAGAGCGCACUGGUUUCAGAGCAGUCGAUAAGGGACUCAUUCAUCUGGCGAAUCGCUAAGAACGCAUGCAAGGGAUCGGCCAAGAUCAAACACAUCAAGGACUAUAUCAACCAGUUGCGGAAAGAGCGCUCCGAAGUUACCCACCCCAUACUACAGCGAGCGAAACAGGGAGAAAAGUUUCACUACAAGAGCAAGUACAUCGUCGUAACGAGUAUGCGUCUCGCGCGUGCUCUGCUAUGGACUUAUCUCUGCCAGACCUUCCAAGACAGGCAUGUGUGCAUGGCUUCCGGUAGCUCAAAUCGAGCCAAGAGCCUUGCACAGUGGAGGACAUUCUACGACCCUAGCACUGACCGGGCUGAUGACGACGUCUUCAUUCUGGUGGCGGGGCUACGCGUUAUAAGUCAGUCCGUAACACUCGUAGAGGGCCACGUCCUCGAAGGCCUCGACCUUCCACUCAGCAUUCACGAUGCGCAGCAAGUGGCGAAUCGUCAGUUCCGUGUCGGCCAACAGCACGACGAGGUAUUUGUCAACUGGCUCAUCACGCAUGAUAGUGAGUUAAAGUAUCGCACCAUCGACGACAGGAUUGCAGCCCGCACAAAGGCUAAGCAAACCUUCUUGACCACGAUCCAGUCGCGCAAGACUGGUGAUGCCGACAAGAACCAGGAGGAAUAUGCGGUGAUUGACCUAACUGGUGAAGAUUAG